AAUCUCUUCACGCGUCGUCUGCUUUUGUGUUUGUCUCCCGCCCACACAUAGCAUAUUGCAUAUUACAAGAAAGAUCGACAAAGUGGAUCAUGGGACUCUUUAUGAGUAAAACAGUCGAAGACCCUGUCAAGCGCCAACAAGACCAACAAGAAAUCAUAUUGGAGAUGCAGACAUUACAGAUUGAAAGACAGAUCUACAUGAGGUACCUGAUGCAUCAGCGAAUGCUAGCUCUAAAAAUUGCAAAUGCACGUGAACUUUUCCUCUGGCUAACAGCAUUCUACACCGUCUCAUCAGUUGGACUGCUCGUUGGGUACCAGCGAACAAAGACAGUGAAGAUGCUGGUUCCAAUGGUUCCGCUAACGUUCCUAGUAGCUUACCAGGGAGAUCUGGCUUAUGGCAGCAAGUUAUCUCGCAUUAAAGACGAGGCAGAGAACAUAAUGGAUUUUGAGGCAGAGCUGCUGGAACUACCUCAUCAAGUUCCCACAGUGGGAGGUAUCGAUGAAGCACGUGAGCGAACGAAAGAUGAGCAAAGCUUUUCUAAAGCUCACGAUAUUUUCUUGUGAGUUUCUGCGUGCACAGAAAUUGCUUACUGCACAGUUUGGUAGGCUAUGCACCAGCGUCGCAUCGUCCGAGCACCACCAGUGGUGCGGGGGCUCAGGUGACGACGGAAGUCUUUCAAAAAGGAAAGAGGCAACGCGGUUGCUGUUCUUUUCGUGGGAUAGAGUUUAUAGAGCCCUUACGUUUUGUAUUUCUCUUCUUCUUUGUUUUUUUUUUUUUUAAUGGUAAUCUAAUUUAAAUAGUGAUAGAACACAACAACAAAGUAUGUGGUGCUAAUCGUGCGUGCAGACAAAAACCAUGGUUCCCACUGGUCCUGAAUGCCCUUGGCCUUGAAUGAAUGGCCUUGAAUACUCUGGAUUUCUCACCAAGGUAGAAAUUGCAACCUUGCAAUUUUCUCUUUGGCUGCAAAAUUUCUCUUUGGCUGCAAAAUUUCUCUUUGGCUGCAAAUUUUUUACUCAUGGCUGGAUUUCUCAUCUCUUUUCGUGCACCGCCGUGGCGGAUACGGGGGAGGGCUCAUCAACCUUCCUUUCAAUCAAUAAUGUCACGUAGACGCAGGCAAACUGGAGGACAAACCCUAUCUCGAGUAAACCUGAGUGAUGAGCUGCUGUGUCGAGUUUAUUUUUCUGUGUCGCCCAUUGCUCAGGGUUUCUGGCGAUGGGGUUCCUUUCUAUCCCAUCAUCAAAAAGGAAAGAGGCAACGUGGUUGCUGUUCUUUUCGUGGGAUAGAGUUUAUAGAGCCCUUACGUUUUGUAUUUCUCUUCUUCUUUGUUUUUUUUUUUUAAUGGUAAUCUAAUUUAAAUAGUGUCUUAAAUAGUCUUUUUAAUGUAUAUAGUAAACAGCUGAUGCUCUUAACCGUCUUUGUUAUUUUUGAUUCUGCAUCGCCGGAAACUUGCACAUUGUUUUUCUUCACGUUCUACGAUAUCCCAUCAUCCUUAACAUUCGGGAGUCGUCAGUCAUGUUUGUGAACUGAUCACUACUGUGAAGUCCCCAUGUAUUUUCUCAUGCGAUACAUGUAGCUUAUAAAUAUUUUUGUGAAACAUUGUAGCUGUGACCAUAAAGUGUGUUUAUGUAUCCCUGGCAAAAUGAUGGCAGAGCAUUAAAAGGUCCUUGAAAGUCCCUGGAAUUUUUGUUGCAAAAUUCAGUGGGAACCAUGAAAAAAUGCACUAGUAACCACUUUUGCUCGUAUAGAGCUAAUGUGAUAAAAUUGUAGAACUGCAUUCAAUGCAUUAAAGCAGAAUCUCGGUGAGACAGGGGAAGUCAAGUCCGAUCAGAAAUGUAGCACAAUACAAAAAGCAAGUUCUUCAGUGAAGCUUCAGUGUUGCUUUUUGUAUUGUGCUUCAAUGCAUUAAAAAAAGAAAAGAACUUACAUUUAAUAUAAUCCAAACAGCUAGUCAAAAACACGUCUCUACCUCUUUGGACAUUGCAGAGGAGAACGAGGAACUUUGUAUCAUGUUCUUAUCUCCCCUGUGGAGCUGACACACAUUUUCCCCCGGCUGCUCCGGUGUUAUCAGUAAUUCAGCUGAAAGGGCUUGCAGAGGCCAUCUGCCAACUGAUUACUCCCCCAUUUGCACUUAUGAAACAAGCCCUCCAUCAAGGGUCAUAUCUCGGUUACUUUUAGUUUAGGUUUCCCGCAAAAAAAAAAGGAAAGGGUGUAAACAUAAAGCAACUGCUUUAUGUCUGUGGGUGUACAUGAUGUGCAAUACAUACAUGGACCUGGCAUACAUAAAUUUCCUUCCAUACAUGGUACACCAUUCACAGUGCUGCCAGUGGGCUUUGCUACAUUUUUCUGGCCCCACACCUUGACUCCCAAUUUGUUUCUACACCUGUGUUUCUGCAACCAUAUCAUACAUAAUGCUCUAUACUUAUUUAUAUUUCAUACAUUGAUGACAACUCUUCUUGCAAUGUUCUUUAUUUAUUGUUAGUCUAUCUCGUUUAAUAUUUACUAGAAUUUUUUCAUUCAAAGCAAUUUAAUUUCUCACUUGCAGCAUGUGUUGCAUCUAUUUACUGGUUGAGCAAUAUCAAACAUUGUGUGAUGUCUUCCCAUUCGCUGUCUCUUGAGCCAGAAACAGCAGUUAGACCAUGCCAUAUUGAAGCGAGUUAUUGCAUCUUUUCCUGAUGCAUUUCAGACUACACUUUCUCUGCAACUUUGCUUGAUACUUGUACUAGUUUUUGUCCAUUGUUGUGACAGCCGUAUUUUAGUGUUUAUAUAUUUAACGAUGCCUUUGACUAUUCAAGCGUUGGCAUCUUACAACCAACCACACUCUUUAAUGUGUGGCUACCUAUUUUGAGUGCUGUAUUGGUGGUUACCUACUGAAUGAGUUGGUUUAGAAUCUUUCUUGUGAAGCUGUUACUCCAAUGCAGAGCCGUCCCCAAGUCAACUUCCACCUGGGGUAGGACGAUCGCGUAGCACCCCCUUCGCAACCCCCCGUGCACGAUCUCUCUCGCACACACUCUCUCUCUCUAGAAGUACUGUAUAGAGGCUGCACAAUAGCCAGAAUUAUAUAAUUCUAUGCAUACAAUUAUACUCACGUACUGUUCAGCUUUUGCAAUGCUUGUAUGACAGGUAACUUACUCUCAGGACCCGACCGCUUCAUGUUAAACCAAAUUCCCCCCUUCAAAUCAGCUUCCGACCAAUUCGGGUUAACCGGGGUUUCUCCCCAAAUCCCAAUAAUGGAUCAUGUUCUGUUUCGUACACGUUCGUGUGGUGUAGUACAAUCUCUACACAUGUCUGAUGUAAUAUUUGUUUAGUGCAACAACAAAACUUUAAUUCGUAAUUAUAAUUUGUGGCUUUAUGUUGCGAGGCAACUGUGAUCAUGAGUGAUGCCACAGUGGUCGGUCUCUGAAUUAAUUCUGCCUGCUGGAGGGUUCUUAAACGUACGCCGAAGUCUCAGUGCACAGUAUUUAACGUUCCUUGCGGCAGACGGUGUGUCGCAACAACAAAAAACUAUGCGAAGCACAUUGAUGUUACAUAAACGUGGUGCUUCUGACUAUAAUUUGCGAGGAACGCAUGUUUGGCCAAUAUGGGCAUCUUGCAGGACAGAUAAAAUAACCCGACAGCAUUCGAACAUAUCAGUAGCGCCCGAUUUCACCCCCCUCAGGAAUCGAGGAAAGGCAUUUAACCCGAAAAUGUCAGCCCCUAUUUAGUCUGUUGCACACACGUUGUGCACUUCAAAGAUCUGUAGAAAAAGUCAAACUGAAAAACGAAUGAUUCUUUCGGCUCUCACUGUAUUUCCCAACUCUCCCGGAACCCCUGCCGUCCGACGCCCCUCUGGGGAAGGCUUUCGGGGUGGCUGCCCCUCUCGCACCCCGCCCUUGGAACGGCUCUGCUCCAAUGUUUACAAAACACCGUACAACGUGAUUGUACUAUGGUUGUGCACGUUCCAGGUGAUCAAGGCCGCUUGUAUUUUUAUCCUCUAACAUGUUUGCUAUUUGUGGCAGUAGCAUCAUGCAUCGAAUGUUCCUUUGCUCAUUCACUGCAGAUUUUUACGUAUAGCUUCAAUUUCAUGCAGAAUUUUAGUUAAGUGUUGUUAUUAUAUGACUGUUAUUAUGAAUCAAGGACACGAUGCGAUAUGACAAGAUGGUGUGAUAGCGUGACGAAUGUGUCGAUGCUGUGUAAAGAAGCUGCAAUAAAGAGCUUUCACUAUCCACAA